AUGGGUGGAUUGGGCAAAACAACACUGGUUAAAAAGGUAUUUGAUGAUGCAGUUGUGAAGAAUCAUUUCCAGAGCCAUGUUUGGAUCACUGUUUCUGAAUCCUUUAAGAUUGAGGAAGGAAACCCAACCCAACAAAAUGCAGAUUUAGCUUCUUUCGCUAGUACAGAGUAUCAUGGCGAUGUCUAUAAUCUUCAGCUCUUGACUCACGGAGAGUCUUGGACAUUGUUUUGCAGGAAAACAUUUAUGGAGAAUUCUUGCCCUUCACAUUUGGAAGGACUUUCAAAAGCCAUCUCGAAUAGAUGCGAGGGAUUGCCACUUGCAAUUGUGGCAAUUAGUGGUCUUUUAUCAACAAAGGAUAAGAGCAGUGUGGAUGAGUGGGAUAAGAUAUACCGCAGCCUUGGUGCAGAACUAGAAGGAAAUGACAAACUCCUAAGCAUGAACAAAAUAUUGUCCAUCAAUUCACUGUCCACGUUGUCCAUUCUCGCAUCGUCAAAUGAUGGUCUACGGCUGCUAACCGUGCUAGACUUGAGAGGUGCCUUGUCGGAGACAUUCCCAAAUGAAGUUUUGAAACUACUUCAACUCAGAGAUUCUAUUCCUUCAUAUCCUUUUAAAAACCAAUGCGGAUUCAAAGCCCCGAUACAAAUAGGACGUUUGUCAUCCUCACAGAAACUUUGUUCUAUUGAAACAAACCAUGAUAAUGGGACCAUUUUGCCAGGAGAGGUAGGGGAGUUGACUCAACUGAGGAAAUUGCAGGUUGAAAACCUGAGAAAUGAAGAUGGGAGGGUGUUAUGCUCGUCCCUUGAGAAGCUUAAUUACCUUCGCUCAUUGGUUGUUCGUGCAUCAGGAGAAGACGAAAUUAUUGAUCUAGAUUCUCUUUCUUCACCACCUUAA